GAAUCCUAGAAAAUCGUAAAGAUGUAUGUAACGAGGCCUUUUUCUAUGUAUAAGCAGUCUCCGUCGUUACUCUCGUCGCCGCCGCCGGAGGGUCCGAACUCCGGCGUGCUGGUAAUCCUAGACGAAGAGGACGAGCCAACAUGUUGUUUCGGGUUGUGCAAAAGCCACGAGCUAGACGACUUACCUUUCCCUCAAAACAAGAACAUAGAGGUUCGUUAUAGCACCGGCGCAGGUAAACAUCGACACGCUCACCGGUACAAAGUGACGUUCAUUCCGGUCCUCGGUCAGCCGUUGUCUUCCAAUCGGUACUACGCGUUACAGCCUCGAGGAAGACAUAAAGGUGAAGCAUUCACAAAUUCAACAAAGGAAGACGCCGUCACAUGUUGUUUCUGCCUGUGUUAUCCCGACAUCGAGCCGCAGCCAGCGGACCACCACGACAUGCACCAACAAUUCGAGAUCUGCCGGAGGAGACGGGGUAGCUUCUUCGCCAAGUCAGUUUCACCGGAUGGUGUCCCUCCAGGAUUCUUAAAAAGAAAAGGCUGGCAAGCGUGCACCUCCACUCCUCGUAAUUUCACCUUUGGCGAAGCACCGGGGCUCGAUGCCACCCUCCGAGCCCAGCUACCGCAAUUCGAUUUCCCGUUGUCCUGCAAGAGUUCGCAACCUGUUGUCGUCGGAAAAUGGUACUGUCCCUUCAUAUUCAUCAAAGAUGGAACACCAAAAGACCAGAUGACUAACUCCAUGUAUUACAAAAUGUCACUAGAGCAAAGAUGGGAACAAGUCUUUGCAUGCAACAAUGACUAUAACAAAGACAAUAGGGUUGUCAUCGACACGAGAGUCGAAAGGGAAGUGAUUAGGGUUAACGGGAUGUCAAGUGAGAUUACGCUAGACGAUCGAGAAACGGUCGACGGAACGAUGUGGUUCGGGGGUUCGACAGCCGGUGUCGGGUUAAGUUUGGCCAUCAUUGAGAAAAUGAAGUCGGAAGAAGAACGGUUCGGGUGGAAUGGUGGGGAUGAAAGGGUUAAAAGAGAGGAGAAAAUGGAGGGAAAUGGUGUGUGGAAUCAAUUUGGGUGCUAUGUGUUGGUGGAGAGGUUUGUGUUGAGAAGGAUGGACGAGAGUUUGGCAUUGACAUAUGAUUUCAAGCACACUCAUGUCGUUAGAAACAAGUGGGAAUGAUUAUUUAUGUAAUUCUAUAG